AUGAGUGAACAGGUCGCUGCUGCAAAAUUAUCCAACCAAGUGGAACAAGGAGGCGUGUUAGCCAAACUUUUGGCGUUUAGCUUCCUCCUGGCUGUUGUGCCUAUCAGUGCAUAUUUUGGCACCCAGUGGUAUAUAACGCCUGCGGCUGUCUUGAGCGCCAACCUCAUUCUUGUUGGCUAUGUCAUAGUCGCUGUCAGGGAGGAUUCACAAGCUGCUAAGCUAACAGAGACGAAGAAAGACCAAUGA